UUUUAUCACUGUGUCCAUUUUCGUUAUUUUUGAACGCACAAUAACGCCAAAAUGCGACAGUUCAGAUUCCUCUGCAUCUCCAUGCUUUUAACACUAGGUCAGGGGCAAGAAGAGACAGGACAGACACAGCAGGUAUUGCUGGGCACAGAAAACAAAGAAAAUGUCUUGUUCCAGGGUAGAUACAGUCUGAACGAAAUCUAUCCAGCAAAAGAUACAGCAGGGCAAAUCAAAUGUUGCCCGAAAGGUUCAAUCUUUGAUGGAAAAGACUGCAUGCCUGCCCCUUGCCCGCCUGGCCAAUACUGGCACGGCACCAAGUGUGUUGAUUACCCGCUGCCCCCGUGCGCACAUGGCUUCACGUACGAUGCAGCCACAAGGGGCUGCAUACCUCCGGCAUGUCUGUCUGGUCAGGUUUGGGACGGCAACAAGUGUGCUGACCCGGGAACCCCGUGUGCACUACUAGGCUUUACCUACAAUGAGGUAACAAAGCGCUGCGAGAAACAUUGCCCACCUCCUCAGUAUUCAAACGGCGCAAAGUGUGUUACAGUCCUGCUGCCCCCGUGUGAAUCCGGCUACAUAUACAACACAGCCACAGGACGCUGCGAAACUCGUUGUCUACCUCCUCAGUACUGGGACGGCACCAAGUGUACUGAUCCGGUAUACCCAUGCCCAGACAACUACACCUACAAUGCAGCCAUGAGGACCUGCGUGCCGAAAAUCCCGCGUUGCCCACCUGCUCAGUACUGGGACGGCACCCAAUGCGUUGAACACCAGACGUGCAGCCAAUGUGUAGAUGGUUUCACCUACGAUGAAGCUACAGGACGCUGCGUGAAACCUUGCCCGCCAGCUCAGUACUGGGACGGCGCCAAAUGUGCUGAACACCAGACAUGCAGUGAAUGUGCAACUGGCUUCACCUACAAUAAAAAUACCGGGGCCUGCGAGUAGCCUCUCACUCCCUGCCUCCCUGCUAAGAUAGGAUGGGGCUGUGUUAUACUCUGCCCCCUGCGUCACCAAACUUCUGAGGUGCAGUACGACAGCAUCAAUACUACCUAUCCGGGAUUCUAAGAUAAACCACUUUUAGGCGACUAGAUAACCACUCGGCAUUUCAACCGCAAAAUGCAGAGAUGGUCUUGCAGAGAUAUAUACGCAGCAAAGUAGGUAGCUAUAAUCAAUAGAAUUGUCAUAGAAAUGUGAACACUUAGGUUUUCAACCCAAACUCUAAACCCGCAAAGAAAAUAAAUGACGGUAUUAUAUGCUAAUUUUACACAGGUUCUCAUGGUGAUUCUACUGUAUUUCAUAGGCAAUCCCAUAGUAUAUGUAACUUUACGUCUU